AAUCUGCAUCAUAAUUGAUCAUUAAUUAAAACAGUUACAAUUUUGGCAAUGGGUAAAGUAAUGUCCAUGGUAGCGCGAAAGGCAAAUCGCUUCAACGCCGAGAAUCGAGCCCAUAGAGUAAUCGAACGUGAAAAACCUACACCGGCGCCCAAAUAUGAGUCAAAUUUAAGGGACAUGGAACGCACGUUAGAAUUGGACCCUAAGUUCGUGGAUAAGCUAAACAAAAAGGACUCGGUGUUGGACAAUCGACUGAAAGAUGUUUAUGUAACUUCAGAGGAUCGAUAUAUUCAACGCGUUCUGGACCGCCAAGCGGCAGAGGCGGUCAAGGAAGAGCGGCCGUUGCCAUUGGAACGCAAAGCCCCCAAUGAUUUUGAGUACGGGUAUCAAGAGCCGGUUCGUGUCACACCUGGGCGUUGCACGCUGCGACAGGCGCUGGAGUUUAUUAACAAUCAUCAACUCGAUGCCGAGACUUGGACCGCCAAAAAGAUUGCCGAUGAAUAUAAACUUAAACAGGGGCACGUGGAGGAUAUACUGCAGCACUUCAAAACCUUUAGCGUCUAUAUACCUGAUCAAAAGUAUAAGGACACGUUGCUGACUCAGGCUAAGCAGAUGGUACUGAAGGAGCGACCCAGCAGUCCGCCGGAGGGUAGUACAUAAGUGUAGCUAUGUAUAUGUAUAAGAGCUCCCGUUAGAUAAAUGCGGUUUGUUAAUUUUAGCCUACAA